AUGUCAACUCGAUUAGAAUCUUUACCAAAUGAAUUAUUAAUUGAUGUUUUUACGUAUUUUGAUAUUUCAAAUUUAUAUCAUAGUUUUUGGGGAAUAAAUCAACGAUUUAAUAAUCUUGUACGAACAAUGAAAAGUUUUUCUUUAAUUAUUAAUAAUAAUAAUUUAUUAUCAAUUGAAAUAUGUCCACAACAAAUUCUUCGAUUAAAAAUUGAAACAUCACAAUAUAUUGAUUUAAGUCAAUUUAUUAAUUUAACUUCAUUAGAAUUAUGUCGAGCAAGUCAAAAUCAAUUAGAACAAAUUCGAUCUGAUAUAAUGCCUAAUUUAACUUAUCUUACAAUAUCAACUCCAUUUCAUAUAUCAUUACCAUUAGAAUUAAUACAAGAAAUAUUUUCAAAUAAUUUUCAUUCUCUUCAUUAUGCACAUUUAAGUCGUUUUGAUAUAUUUGAAAAUUUUUCAAAAUUUCAAUCAUUUUCUCUUCAUUCUUUAUAUAUAACUUGUACGGAUUCAAAUAUUAUACCUUUAGUUCUUCAAGCAUGUCCAAAUCUUGUAUCUUUUCAUAUUAUAUUUUAUGGUCAAAAUCGUCAUAUUCUUCCACCUUCAUCAUCAUCUUAUAAUCAUUUAUUAGAAAAAUUUUUUCUUGAUGAUCCUUAUCAUAAAUUAUCAUUUGAUACAAUUCAUAUUCUUUUACUUUUUAUACCAAAUGUAAAAUAUUUAUUUUUACAAUUUUUAUGUCGUGUACCAUUUAUAAAUCUUAUUGAAAGUAUUUUAAAUCGAUUAGAACAAUUAAAUCAUUUUGAAUGUAAUAUAUUAGAAGCACCAAAUAAUCAUAUGAUUAAUGUAGAAAUUAUUCAACAAAUGAAUGAAUGUUUUCAAUAUUUACAAUGUGAUGAAAAAGAUAAUGGUUAUCGAGUUUUUUUUACUGAAUGA